AUGAUCUGCAAUAAAAAAAGAAUUCUUCUCUAUGCUUCUUUGCUACACAUUGUCACAUCACAAGAAUUCAUCAUACCACCAGCUGGCAAUGAAACUACAACUACUUCACUAGAAUCAACAUUACCUCCUUCUAUCCCAUCUCCUAUAAUCUCCUCCAUUACUGAAUUGUCGACUUCAUCAUCAUCACCGUCUGUGCAGGUCGUUCCUCCUACAUCGAGCGAUACACCUCAAACUUCAUUAUCAUCCUCCUCGUCUUCAUUAUAUGCACAGCUUUCUUCAACAACUCCAUUACCGGCGUCUUCAAGUCUUGGUCCAUUGCUCAUAAGUAGUAGUACUAUACCAACAACCACUUUCUCUUCCUCGAGCAAUAUAGUUAGUAGCAGAUCGACAAGUUCUAUCAUUAUUGCAUCUCCUUCUUUCACUUCAAUUGCUUCUCCAUCAUCUUCUACAUCUUCAGAUACAUCGUCUUCAUCUAUCACAACAACAUCAACAUGGUAUAGGUCAAUAACAACUACUACUUCUACUUCAAGCUCAUUACCUAUCAUUUCAUCUACUUCUAGUUUGAUAAUAUCAAGCUCUACUAGCUCAGCAACCAUUCAAUCAACUUCUUCCUCAUCAACAAGAAGAAUAUUCAGCUCAUCUUCAUCUUCAUUUUCAUCUUCAUCUUCAUUACCAUCAAGAACAACCUCAUCCAGUAGGAGGUCAUCAUCCACAUCAAGAACAUCAAGAAUAAUAUCUUCCUCCAUAUCAUCAAGUACCUCGAGGAUAUCUUCUUCUUCGUCUUCUUCCUCCACCACCUCCUCCUCCUCAUUUACCGUAUCUUCAACAACGACAUCAGCAUCAACAUCAUCAUCACCAACAUUAUCCUUGGAUUUAAGGAAAACAGUGACAAGUAUAAUUCAUGGGAAAACAAUCCUAUCAAACUAUUAUACAACAAUAACAUAUACACCCACCGCAACAGCAAAUUCUUCCAAUAGUAAGAAUUCACAUUCUGGCCUCACAAAGAAAAAUAGAAACAUUGUCCUAGGUUGUGUUUUAGGUAUAGGAAUACCCCUCCUAUUAUUGAUCGGAUUAAUUCUAUAUCAUUUCUGUAUCAAAUCAAAAUCAACUAAUUUUAUAGAUUCAGAUGGUAAAGUCAUCACCGCAUACAAGACUAACAAUCUACAUAAACUUUGGAAUCUACUCAUCGGUAAGAAGAACAAUAAUGAAGAAUAUCAUUCUAAUUUACCAUUGGGUUCUCGUAAUAAUGAUGGUGGAGAAAAUGGUUAUAAUUUUGAUAAUGAUGACAUAUUAGUCCAAAGAAAUAUUAGAAAUGAUGAUGGUUCCGAUAUGCCUUCCCAAAUCAGUAUAGAUAAUUCGAAUAUCAUGCAUACGUACGUUGAUAAUGAUGAUAAUAUCGAUACCACAACUACGAUGAACCAUAAAAAUAUGGAACCAUACGAUACGUUCGUGCAUGGAGCUCCUGGGGCAGAUACUACAACUUCGACAGAUAAUACUAAUAGUACUUCAAGAUCAGACAGUAGUCAAUCUAAUAAAUUAAUGAUACAAGAAGAAAAAAUCUAUAAUAAUAAUGAUGAGGAUGAAGAUGACAACCAAAAUAGUUUCAAUGAUAAUGAAGCCACUAAUAAUAUUAAUAUUCAUAACAAUAAUAAUGAGAACAAUUCAGUUAAUGACGAUGAUAAUUAUGAUGAUGACGAUGACGAGGAUGAGGAUACCAGGCAUAAUAGGACCGGUUUUACAAUUACAAAUUUAUAA